AUGUCAGGCCAAUAUACUCAAACCAUCUUCCUCAACCUGCCCGUGUUGGACCUCUCAGCGUCCAUCGCCUUCUACACGAGUCUGGGCUUCGUGCAGAACAAAACCUUCUCCGACGAUCGGGCCGCCAUGGUGUCGAUUCCCCAAGACUUCGACGCAGACCCAAAAGCCGCUCACGUCUCUCCGAUUAAAGUGAUGCUCCUGACUGAGCCACGCUUUAAAGAGUUCCUGCCGGACGACCGAAAGAUUGCGGACACCAAAGCCAACACUGAGGUCCUAAUUUGUUUGUCGAUGAAGUCAAGGGAGAUGCUGGAUGAGUUUGUAGGCAAAGCCGAAAAAGGGGGUGCGAAGGUCGAUAUUAGGAAGCCCCAGGAGUAUGGGUGGAUGUAUGGGAGGUCGUUUGCGGAUUUGGACGGGCAUAUUUGGGAGGCGGUCUGGAUGGAUCCCAAAGAGUAUGAGGGAAAGGAGUGA